AUUUUUUUUUUGUUUUCCAAACGACAAUAUUCUGAUAAAUCAAAUGAAACAUUGAUUUUUUUUGUUUGUUUUUUUAAUUGAUGUGAACCAUUUUUAAAACAACAAUAAAAAAAAUGGCAUCCGAUGGACCGGAAUUAGAUCUUUAUGCCGAUGAUAUUGGUGAUGAAUUUUCACAGGAAUAUGUUGAUAAUGAUCUUUAUGAUGAUGUUCUAACAUCAAAUUCUUCAGCCAAACGUAAUACAAAUCAAAGUAGCAGCGGUGGUGGUGGUGGUGGUAAUCAGAAUAAUUCUUCGAACAACAAUAAUAAUGAUGAUGAUGAUGAUGAUAGUCAACAACAACAACAAAUAAAUGGAACUGGAAAUAAUUCCAGCAACAAUAAUAACAAUUCAAAUUCACAGACAAAUAAUUCAUCGGGUAAUAAUAUUCCAUCAAGUAUUUUACUUGGACAUGGUAAUCAAUCAUCAUCAUCGUCGAUGAAUGAAAUUACAUCAUCCAAUCAUUAUGGAUCAUCAUCAGCAAUCAGUUCAAAUAACUCUGCUCGACGGCCAUCACUUUAUGUUGGUAAUCUAACAUGGUGGACAACCGAUGAUGAUAUAAUAAAAAGUUUAAAUAGUAUCAAUGUUAAUGAUGUUACUGAGGUUAGAUUUUUUGAAAAUCGUGCCAAUGGUCAAUCGAAAGGAUUUUGUACAGUUUAUUUUCAAUCUGAACAAUCUGUUCGUACUGCAUUGGAAAAAAUGAAACAAACUGUCAUACAUAAUCAAUCACCAAUGGUAACAUUAUGUAAUCGACAAAAUUUAAAUAAUUUUGAACUAAAAGCUGGUCGUAAACCUGGAAUGAAUGGUCAACAAUCAUCAUCUUCGGGUAAUACUGGUGGAAAUUCUAAUUCUAAUAGUGGUAAUGUUGGAGGUAGUAGUGGCGGUGGUAGUGGUGGUGGUGGCCUUCAACAACAACAUCAACAAUCAAAUAGUCAUCAUCAUCAGAAUAAUUUUUUGAUGCAAAAUAAUCGUAAUUAUAAUCAACAGAAUUCGAAUCAAAUUCAUCAACAAUCUUCACAUCGACCACCAUUGAUAGCGCGUCCGAUGCGUCCAAGUGCACCAUUAUUAAGUCAUCAUUCGAGCACAAGCGGUAGUUCUAGUGGUGGUGCAGGUGGUCAUUCACAACCACGUUUAUCAAUGCCACAUCCAACAUUAUCAUUUGGUAAUACUGGUAGUAGUAUGUUGGGUGCUGGCUCCAACCAAUCCGGUAAUCAUCAUCAUCAAUCAUCAUGGAAUAAUCAUUUAAUGUCGAAUGGUCCACGUAAUAAUCCAUUACAAUCGGCCAAUGCAAAUGCAUUGAAUCCAAUGUUACGAUUGAAUCAAGGUAAUCAUCGUUCACUUUCAAAUCAACCAUUAUUAAGUGCACCAGGUAAUCAAUCAUCGUUAGAUCUUCGUUCACAAUUAUCAUCAGCUGGUCUUACUGGUGUACAUGGCCAGAUGACACAAGCUGCAUUGUUUGCAUCACAAUCAGGAUUGAAUCUACCACCGGGAGCAAAUGAUCUAUUUUCAAAUCGACUUACUUCAUUAGGUGUUGGACCAUUCGGUCAGAAUGCAGCUGCAGCUCAUUCAAUGUUUGGUGAUCGUUCCUUAGAUCCAUUAUCAUCGAUUGGUCAUCAUCAUCAUCAUCACCAUAAUCAGAUGAGUGAAGCAGAAUUUGAAGAAAUAUUGAAUAAAAAUAAAAAUCUAUCCAACACGGUUAUUUCACAAGCCGUAUCCGAUGCAUCUUCCGGCGAUUAUUCGGCUGCUAUUGAUAAACUAUCGACAGCCAUAUCGUUGAUUGAAGGUUCACGUGUAUCAAAAGAUGAACGCUGCAAAAUAAUCAUAUCGACAUUACAAGAUACAUUGCAAGGUAUCAAACAGAAAGCAUAUUCCAGUGGUGGAUCAAGAAGUAAAUCUGAUCAUCGUUUAAUGCGUUCACGUUCACGUGACAGAGAUGAUCAUCGAACUGGCGGAAGUUCGUCACAUCGUGGUAGUGGUGGUAGUAGUAGAGAUCGAGAUCAUAAAGAUCGCGGAAGAGGCGGUGGUGGUGGCCGUGAGCGUUCACGAUCACGUGAACGUGAUUAUCGAGAACGAUCUAGGGAUCGUUAUCAUGAAGAUCAUCGAUCACAUUAUGAAGAUCGUUAUCGUGAAAAGGAUCGCGAUCGAGAUCAUCGUGGUCGACAUUAAUAAACAAAUUUGAAUUUUAUUCAUCAAAAAUCGCCACUAAACACAUCAUCAAUAACAACUUAAUCCAUCUAAACACCGAUUUCAUCUUUCAUCAUCAACACCCAACAACAACGGUCAUAAUCAUAGUCUUAAUAUCAUCCGGCAAAAAAAUGAAAAUAUUUAAUACUUGGCUGCAUAUUCGGUUUUUUUG